AAAAGGUCCAACAUAUAAAAAGUUUUUGGUUUCUAAGUUAUUUUGUGAAAUUUUCGAAUAGUAUUAAAGUUUUUAGAAUGAAGUUUGAAAAAGUUUUUAAUUCUUAGGUCAUUUUAUGAAAAUUUCCAAAAUUCUCGUUGGAACAGACCUUGGCGUGGGUUUCGAAUCGAAGGAUCCAGGCCCAUGCUUCCUUUAUACCUGCUAAAGGUCUUUUGACCUUCAGGUCGAACAAGACAACCAGGGAUGGAUGCUCAAUUCACUUGAGCUGCAUUUAUUUCCAUCACUUCAAGUAAAAAAGGGAAAUGGAUGUUGCUCACUGCACUCUUGACGGCAAUGCCGACGCAGUGGAAUUUUGCCCGCACCGUUCAUUUAGUAAUGUACUUGCUGCUUCCACUUAUACACUACAAGAGGGCGAUCAGCCCACUCGUUCUGGAAGCCUAUCAAUCUUCAAUGUCAAUGCCGAUAUUGGCUCUUUGGAGCUGCUUCAUCGCGUGGAAACGGCGGGGAUCUUUGAUAUAAAGUGGAGUCCUGUUGGUCAGACCGCAAGUCCUCUGCUUGCUCAAGCGGAUGCUGAUGGUUGUCUCAGAAUUCAUGCUCUUGAGUGCUCUUCAAAUGGUGUAGAAGGAGAAUAUUUAAAAGAGAAAUGUAACAGCAAAAUUUCGUCCUCUAUGUGUCUUUGCCUGGAUUGGAACCCUUCAGCCACGUCCAUUUCCGUGGGUCAUUCAGAUGGUUCCAUCUCAAUACUCUCUGCAAGAGAAUCCCAUUUAGAAGUCCAAAACCAAUGGAAAGCUCACGAAUUUGAGCUCUGGGCAACGUCUUUUGACACUCACCAACCUCAUUUAGUAUACACUGGCUCAGACGACUGCAAAUUUAGCUGUUGGGAUUUGCGAGACACUCCUUCCAAAGCAUUUCAUAACACCAAAGCCCACAAAAUGGGUGUUUGUUGCAUAGCCAAAAGCCCCAGUGACCCUUACAAGUUACUCACUGGCAGCUACGAUGAAAACCUGAGAGUGUGGGACAUAAGAGCAAUCUCAAAGCCUACAAAUGAAAACUCAGUUUGCUUGGGCGGUGGCGUUUGGAAAAUCAAGCCUCACCCUUCAGUUUUUGACGUUCUUCUGGCGGCUUGUAUGCACAAUGGAUUUGCAAUUGUUAGAGUAAAAGAUGAUGUUGCAGAAAUAGUUGAAACUUAUGGCAAGCACAACUCUCUUGCCUAUGGAGCAGAUUGGCAAAGAGGAGAUUCGUCUCAAGAAGAUAAAAGGAAAAGGUAUGCUGUUGCAACUUGUUCGUUUUAUGAUCGGCUUCUUAGGAUAUGGAUACCAGAAACUGAUAUUGUGACUUGAUGCUUCACAGCAAAUGUUCAAUUGGAUGUUUCGGGCAUGCUGAUUUUCUUGAUAGUUUGUUCUUACCUUGUUCAGCAUUGGACUUUGUUUACGAGUUUUUAUAUUUAUCUAGUCUCCAAAUUUUAAAGAGUUUCUUGAACUUUUAACUUUGUAUCCAAUAAAUCACUGAACUUUAAAGUA